AUGUCCCCAUAUCGAUUGGUUUUUGGGAAAGCUUGUCAUCUACCAGUAGAGUUGGAGCACAAAGCAUAUUGGGCCAUUAAGAAGUUCAACUUCGACAUGCACCAAGCUGGUGACAAGAGGAAACUACAACUGAAUGAACUAGAGGAAUUAUGGCAUGAUGCUUAUGAGAGUGCAAAGCUCUACAAGGAAAGAACCAAGGCAUACCAUGACAAGCUACUGGUCAGGAAAGAAUUUCAUGAAGGACAAAAGGUAUUAAUCUAUUAUUCCAGAUUGAGACUGUUCCCUGGAAAACUUAAGUCAAGAUGGUUUGGUCCCUGUAUGGUCACCAAAGUGUUUCCUUAUGGAGCUGUGGAGGUCUAUAGUCCACAAAAAUGUCAAUCAUUCAAGGUGAAUGGACACAUAGUGAAGCCAUACAUUGAAAAGAAUUUUCCACCUCGAGAUCAAAAUUUGGCAUCACAAGAUUUGGAACUCCAGGCUGCCCAAUAUGUAGCACAACCAUUUGGAGCAUCUACCUCUGGGCAACACUGA